UCAAAGAAAUCUGAAGUUUGUGUAUUAUGUAAGAAAAGUCAUUUUUUGUUAUUAUAGACUCGUUAUUAUUUCUCCCCAUGCUCUGUUGUGUUGCAGAUCUUCAAGAAAUGCCCAGAGCGACCCCACUGACUCUGAAACUGAGUUUUAACCUCCUGACUCAAGUCUGAGAAGGUCAUCACUGACGCUAACACAUUAAAUCAGUGUUUGGAUGCUGCUGGGUCUCGAAAGGCAGCAGCAGCAGACCCAAGCACAGUCCAUGCUGUCUCCCUGUGUCCGGCUGUCUCACUGCACAAGUGCCAUGACAGGAUAACGGAGGCGUGGUCAGGGGUGGGAGUAGCUCUAGAGGGGUGUGGUCACCAGGAGAGUCGGCGGAGCUCCUGAAGGAGCAGUUUCACAGCCGUAGAUGAUGACCAGCCUGUUUCGGCGCAGCGCCAGCAGCAACGGCAGUCACGGCUCGAGGGCUAACGGUAAUGGAGGAUCCGAGCUCAAUAACAGCAAGUCUUCUCGACAGCACGUCCGACGGCUGGAGUUCAACCAGGCCAUGGACGACUUCAAGACCAUGUUUCCGAGCAUGGACCACGAGGUGAUCGAGUGUGUCCUGCGGGCCAAUAAUGGCGCCGUGGACUCCACCAUCGACCAGCUCCUGCAGAUGAGUUUGGAUGGACAAGGCACGGACGACAGCUCCGACUCGGAGGACAGCAUUCCCCCAGAGAUCUUGGAAAGGACGUUAGAGCCGGACAGCUCAGAUGAAGAACCCCCACCUGUUUACUCUCCACCCUCGUACGAGAUGCACAUCUAUGAUAGGAAGCACCCGGCUGACGUGCCGCCGUUCCCUCCUCCCAGGUUUGAAGCCAAUCCUCCAACCGAGCAUCGUCAGGUCAGCGGCUACAGGAACUGGAACCCUCCGUUACUAGGCAACCUCCCUGAUGACUUCCUGCGUAUCCUGCCCCAGCAGCUCGACAGUCUGCAGCUUUCUCAAAGCAGCCUGUCCCAGCCUUCCUCGUCGUCGUCGUCCUCGCUGUCCUCUCUGACGCAGUACUCUGCCUCGGAGCAGGACAGGAAGCUGAAGCAGUACCUGGAGGAUGAGCGCGUUGCCCUUUUCCUGCAGAACGAGGAGUUCAUGAGGGAGCUGCAGCGCAACCGAGACUUCCUCAUCGCUCUGGAGAGAGAUCGUCAGAGGUUUGAGUCUCUGAAAUCCCAGCGCUCUCAUUCAUCCGCAUGCAUGGAGCGUUCCACUGAAGGUGAUCACAACGCCUCAGGCUCCGAGGAAGCCUGCACCUCCAUCUCAGACGAUGCCUUGUUCCGUGACAAACUCAAGCACAUGGGAAAAUCUACAAGGAAGAAGCUUUUUGAAAUCGCCAAGUCUUUCUCUGAAAAAACUCGUCGGAGGAAGACCAAAAAGAGGGCUCUCCUCAAGCAUCAAUCACUCACGACUGCAGCCUCCACUGCCAACCUUCUGGAGGAUGUAGAGGGACUUACAGCAGAGGAUGAAGGCAAGCUCAGGAGAUCCGGUGCUCAGGAAAAGGACGAGUCGAACAAGGAAGUGGUGUCAUGGUGAGACUGCGAAUAAAGCAGCUACUGUACGCACACUGUAUCACAUACACCUGUACAAGUCUGUGGACCCGUAUGUGUUCGUUGAACAUCCCAUUCCAACUUCCACUCUUCUGGGAAGGCUUGCCGCCAGAUUUUAGAGCGUGGCUGUUGGGACUCGAGAUCAUUCAGCCACAGGAGCGUUAGCGAGGUCAGUGAGGUCACGGCCGAGGAGGCCUGGGGCACAGUGAGCGCCCCAGUUCAUCCCAAAGGUGUUCAGUGGGGUUGAGGUCAGGGCUCCGUACAGGCCGCUGGAGUUCUCAUGCUGUCAAGCUGUCAUGCUGGAACAGGUUUGGGCCUCUAAGUUCCAGUGAAGGGAAAUUGUAAAUCUAUUCUACAGCAUACAAAGACAUUCUAGACAAGUGUGUGAC